AUGUUUCCCUUCCUGAGCUUCAACAUCACUGGCCUCAACCCCACGGCCCACUACAACGUUUUCGUGGAGGUGGUCUUGGCGGACCCCAACCACUGGCGUUUCCAGGGAGGCAAGUGGGUGACCUGCGGCAAAGCCGACAACAACAUGCAAGGCAACAAGGUCUACGUUCACCCCGAGUCGCCCAACACCGGGGCUCACUGGAUGAGGCAGGAGAUUUCUUUCGGGAAGUUGAAGCUGACGAACAAUAAAGGUGCUAACAACAACAAUGCGCAGAUGAUAGUACUUCAGUCUCUACACAAGUAUCAGCCCCGGCUUCACAUUGUGGAGGUGACUGAAGAUGGUGUUGAAGAUCUGAAUGAUUCCUCAAAGACUCAAACAUUUGUUUUCCCUGAAACACAGUUCAUAGCAGUUACAGCAUAUCAAAACACUGAUAUUACACAGCUCAAAAUUGACCAUAACCCUUUUGCAAAAGGCUUCAGAGACAACUAUGACUCCAUGUACACAGCUUCAGAAAAUGACAGAUUAACUCCAUCUCCCACGGACUCUCCUAGAUCCCACCAGAUUGUCCCUGGCACCCGAUACAGUAUGCAGCCGUUCUUCCAAGAACAGUUUGUCAACAACCUGCCCCCAGCCAGGUUUUACAACGGUGAGAGAACCGUUCCUCAGACGAAUGGGUUGCUGUCCCCGCAGCAGAAUGAGGAGGUGGCCAGCCCUCCUCAGCGGUGGUUUGUGACGCCUGUACAGCAGCCCAGUGCCAACAAACUGGACAUGAACUCCUAUGAGACAGAGUAUUCUCAUAGCACCUUGCUCCCUUAUGGCAUUAAAUCCCUCCCCCUUCAGACAUCCCAUGCACUGGGAUACUACCCAGACCCGACAUUUCCAUCCAUGGCAGGCUGGGGGAGCAGGAGCUCUUACCAGCGAAAAAUGACAACAGGAUUACCUUGGACCUCAAGAACAAGUCCUCCAGGAUUCUCUGAAGAUCAGCUUUCCAAGGAGAAGGUGAAAGAAGAAAUUGGCUCAUCCUGGAUAGAGACUCCACCCUCCAUAAAGUCUUUAGAUUCAAAUGAUUCUGGGGUCUACACAGGUGCUUGUAAGAGAAGACGGCUUUCCCCUAGCACUUCCAGCAAUGAAAAUUCCCCAACGAUGAAAUGUGAGGACAUUAAUGCUGAGGACUAUAGCAAAGACACUUCAAAAGGCAUGGGCUACUAUGCUUUCUAUAGUAGUUCUUAAAAUGUCCUUUUAUUCCAAUUGGCUAAUUUUUUCCAGGGUGGCCUUGGGUUUUUUUGCAUUACAAUUGCCAAAAAGACUCCUGCCUUCCACCUUUAACUGUUGUGUGCAAUUCUAAAGAAGGUGCCAAAGCUUUUUCACUGUUGCAGGUAACAAAGUAGGGAAAGAGCAAACCAUGGGAGAAUUCAUCCCCUCCUUUAGAAGGAACCACAUGCAGAAGCUGUAACAAGGACCCUAGAUCUUAACAACGUGGCUUAUUUAUUGGAGACACUAAAGUGUACAGUUUGGCUUGGCUCAGCCAGAGACCUGAUCAAAUCUAUGCACUCCUGAGCAAGGAAAUAGGGGGAUAGGAUCCCAAAUUUAAUUUUCUUCCCUGCUUGACCCUCUGAUAAAAGGGGGGCUGGGUUGUCGGGAGCUGCACAAAUGCUAUGUUCUGCUUUGGACUGCAUUGGUUUCUUCAACCUUAUCUGCAACACAGUUGGCUGAGUUGGCUUGUUCAGCUAAGAGUUUCUUUGGCAGAAGAUGGCCAAAAUAAAGCCUGCUUGCCAGGCAGGAUUUUGACUUGAAGGUCUUGUUGCCGAUGAUGGGGUUACAAUGACCAAAUCUGACUCUUUUAGCUUAGAACUUGCAUUAAAAAAAAAAAACCUCCAUCCCAAAAGCCUAACCUUUAUUGAGGUGGCCAAAAACAAAGUGUACAGUUGUGUUUUGUCUAGGUACACUGUAGAAUAUUGUGGAAUAAUGUAUAAAUAGUUGACCUUAUAGCUGUUCAGUUGGAAGGACAUCUGGUGGUAUUUUGAAGUUCAAAAGGCUUUUUUUUUUUU